AUGAUGCGCCUUUACGCACUGUCCUCACUUCGAGAAGCGGGGAGCUCAAGAAGAUGCUGGGCGUAUCCAGGCGAGAUACUCGCAGCAUUUAAGAUUAUUGUUCCCUCAAGAAUUGCCGUGGACACCCGAGAGGCUGCAAAAAUGACUGCUAAAGACACAGGGUGCACCAACGCUUCCAUCCAAGUUUGCGAGAACAAGACGAAUGCCGGUGGGAAUGUAUCUGUUGGAUUUCCAAUAUCCAUGAUGGUCACUGGCGUAGUUGGCAACUCUUUGGCUCUAAUUCUGGUAUACAUCUCAUACAGAAAAAAGGAAAACAGAAGAAAAAAGUCUUUCUUACUUUUCAUCGGAUCCUUGGCUUUGACAGAUCUGUUUGGACAACUUUUGACGAGUCCAGUUGUUAUAUCAGUCUACCUGGCAGAUCUGAAUUGGUGCGCAAUUGACAAUACUGGGAAGCUGUGCAAAUACUUCGGUGUUUGCAUGACAACUUUCGGGCUGUGUUCUCUCUUUCUGGCCAGCGCCAUGGCUUUAGAAAGGGCCAUGGCGAUAACAAACCCUCAUUGGUACUCUAAUCACAUGAAGACAAGCAUGACAAAGAUGACACUGGCUGCCAUAUGGUGUCUCGGGUUUCUCUUUUCUCUGCUGCCCAUUGUGGGGGUGGGGGAGUACACCAACCAGUGGCCGGGCACCUGGUGCUUCAUCAGCACCGGGAAGAGCGAGGCUCCUGGCAACGUGUUUUUCGCCAUCACUUUCGCUGUUCUUGGGAUUUUCUCGCUACUUGUGACACUAUCCUGCAAUGUGAUGACUAUCCGAGGUUUGAUCAUCCGGUGUAAAACAAAGACUGGUGCAUCCAAGUCUUCAAAGCAGUGGGAGCGUCUCACCACGGAGACUGUCAUUCAGCUCUUAGGAAUCAUGUGCGUCCUGAUUAUUUGCUGGUCUCCUCUGCUGUUAUUGCUGCUGAGGAUGAUCUACAGCCAAGUAUCCUCCCAAGAAUGUAAGUCAACAAACACAACAUCCAUUUCCAUCCAGAGCAAAGUUUCAAGUCUCGACUGUGACUUCUUUCUGACCGCAAUACGUUUGGCCUCCCUCAACCAAAUCCUGGACCCGUGGGUCUACCUACUCCUGAGAGAAAUCCUCCUGCGAAAGUUCUGCAUCAUGGCCAAUGCCGUCUCCAACUGCUCCGCAGAAGAUCAGAAGGAGAGCCAGGCAGCACUGGAUGCUCUCAACAAACAGAAUCAACAUGGCAACAACAUUUGUAAACCAACAAGUAACUAAAUCAGCGUUUGGCAAUAAUUACCAUCCUAUAACCUGUUGGUCAAAAUGCUUUCAGAACUAAAGAAAUAAAAAAGGAAAGCAGAUAAAUAUAUAAUCUUCUACACAAGGACUGUGCAGUGGGAUGCAGCUGAGCCUCCUGUACAGGUACAGGCAUCUGUUUUGUUUAAAACACAUUUCAUUGAAGGGUACUGAACCAGCAUGUGAAUGCAUGACUCUGCCAUCCCUUAAAUCUGGCUGCUGUGCGGCCAUCAGAACUUUCUUGUGACCAAGGUUAAUAUAAACUUUUGAUAGAUGCAACAUCUGCAUGAGGGUUACUUCUGACUGAUAACUCAUUUGAGGCAAUGGGUUGAUUGUAAGACUAUCUAAUGUAAGUUUUGUUGAACGAAGAAGACUAUGAGAAAAGUGCUGAAAAUAUGUUGUCAAUAACUUUGCUUUCUCUUCUGUGAUGCAGGUCAUUUUGCUUAAGAGGCAAUCAUAUUUAAAGAAAAUAUAUAUUCUAAACUGGAGCCUAUUGUUGAAAAUACUGUUAUUUAUUAGUGUCUGUAAGAUUUUGUCCUAAUGAAGUUAUCUGUCUGGUUCCACUUGUUGCAAAUGUAUACCUUCCUGCACAUCGUGCUUCUUGAUUACCAGCCAGGACUAAUAAAUGUGAAGCUCUGUUGGCAGGUCUCAUCCUGAACAUUAAAUACAUUGCACAUGUAGACCUUC